GCAACCUGGUAAUAAGUAACUGCUGCUGGCGCUCGCUCACUGUGCCCGGGAGCAGCACGGUGGGGCCAGCCAUGUGCGCUCCGCCCCGCCGGCUUCAACCAGGAGCAGGUGAGUGAGCAGGUGCCGAGACCAGGACGCCGAGACACCCGCGGGCAGCUCCGCCUCCCCACGACAGCAAGGGACGCUCGCCAGCUCGGGCUCCGCGCUGCUCGAUCGCAAGAGUCUCCUCUGCCCGGCGUGAUAAUAGCAGGGCAUCCUCGGAUCAUCUUGGGAAGAGGGAAAGAAUGACAAUGAUGGAUUACCAGUACCCGUCUUGGAUCUUUGUCAAUGAGAGGACAUUCAUAACCAGGGAACAACUUAAUUCUUUACUGGAGGCUUAUAAUGUUUUCUAUGAAAACCAGAAAAAUCUGCAUAUUUUGUAUGGACAGACCGAAGAUGGACAACUGAUUGUUGAAGGAAUGCUGGAUAUUUUCUGGGGAGUAAAACGACCCAUACAGCUAAAAAUACAAGAUGAGAAGCACAUCUCUUCUUUUGAUCUGUUGAAGUCAUCGGAAACAUUUUCCAGCAAAGGGCGGAUGACUCGCUGGGGAGAGUUUGAUGACCUUUAUCGUAUCAGUGAGGUGGACAGGAGCCAAGUUCUACUGUCUGAAGGAAGGCAUUCCCCAGAAGACUAUUUAUCUUAUCACAGCACCCUGAAGCUGUAUGCAGACGAAGAGCCAGAAUCCCCUUUGCUCUACAGGACCAUGAGUGAGGCAGCUUUGGUGAGAAAAAGGAUGAAGCCUCCCUCGAUCUACAGAAAAGACAGGCACAGAGCCUCUAUCAACGGACACUUCUAUGACCAUGAGACAUCUAUUUUCACCCCAACGUUUGGAUCAGAAACCAAAGUCAGAACAAAUAGUAACAUGAGAACUGAAGAAGUAAUAAAGCAACUUCUCCAAAAAUUUAAGAUUGAGAAUAGCCCUCGGGAUUUUGCUCUUUACAUUAUUUUUGGAACAGGAGAGCAGAGAAAACUAAAGAAGACCGAUGUCCCGCUGCUGCAGAGGCUUCUACAAGGACCAUCCAAAAGCAACGCUCGGAUCUUCCUCAUGGAUAAAGACACAGAAGAAAUUAGCAGUGAUGUGGCGCAGUACAUUAAUUUUCACUUUUCUUUCUUGGAAUCCAUUCUUCAAAGAUUAGAUGAGGAAGAGAAAAGGGAGACUGAAAGGAUAAUGGCAAAAUUCAAUACCGAAAGGGCCUUUAUACUGAAGUGUCUUCAGAGUAAACAGGCAGCGAAAACAGAGACCACCGUCUAGAAGCACUCACAGCACCUACUGCUAGCCUGUGUGCCUCACAGAGCUGGAGAAGAUACUGUCAAAGGAAUGGACAGUCGACCUCUGCAUUCUGGUGUGAAUGACCUUGAAGCCAUGGAAAACUGAAUGCCAAGCAGCCUGCUUCCUCAGGUUGGCUGUGGUUCGGAGUUGGACUGAGGCAAAAUUGCCCUUCAUUUCAGUAACUGAAGCCUGGAUACUGUGUAUUCCAAAUGUCAUUUAUAGCAAACUCCUUAGUGAACUCAGAUUUAAGUGGCCUCUGCUGAUAUCAUGCAGUUUAAACUUGUUUUUAUCUUGCACUCUGAAAAGAACUGAGACAUUUGCUGACUCACAAAUGAUUGGAAGUAAACCCUUCACUUCUUGAUGUCAAUGGGACACACAUUCUCAAGCCAUCAAGGACCUGAAUUGGCCGUAUUUCACGGCUGUGUAAACAAUUGAGCAUUUUCAUAAAAUUUAGAAAUAUCUCUGCAAGGAUUGAUGAUUUUUAACUCCGUAGUAUCAGAGCCAUCUGUCCUUUGGGAAUAAAAUUAUUUUGAACUCUGUAAAGAAACCUAAACUCAAGGCUGGAGAGAAGGCUAAGUGGGCCAGAGCACUGACUACUCUUCCAGAAGACCUGGGUUCAGCUCCCCAGCAC